AGUUGCAAGGAAAGACUCAACAUUUCUGACAGUUGGCCCUGAAAAGUCUCGCCUUUGUUGACAGUUUCAUCGAGCACACACACGCACAGUUCCUCAACACACUCGUCAUCAUACGUCUACAGCCGCAGUUUUCUUUUUUUAAUUUUCUAUCUAUUCCAGUGAUUUGAGUUUUUUUUCUCUCUCUCUCUCGAUUAAAACCAUCGUUCUGUCAUGGUUGACACGUGCAGCUUCUAAUCGUCGAGCUCACUGAAAGAGCCAGGAAUUGGGUUUCCUUACACGAAUGUGUUGAUUGAAUGGUGGGAGGUAUUAUAACGAUCGUCUGAUACGUCCAACGCUCUCUUAUACAUCGUUCUAAAUUUAUCCUCGUCGUAAAAUACUGGUAAUAGUUUGUGAUAUCAUCGCCCCGCGUCUGUGUGCCGCAGACAUCUACCAGCAGUUGGCAUCUAUCUAUAGUCAGUUUGGACUUGUUUUUUUUUUUCUUCUCCCCCCUGCCCACUCAUUAAUCCCCUGGUUCUAGUUUUGUUUUUUCAACAACUCCCCUCCUCCCAAACUCACCACGUUGGAAGGUUUUGCAAAAAAGAAAAUGGCAUCUAGUUCAGUGAGUCAGGAGGAUGUGGAGAAGGAUUUCCAGCUGCUGAGCAGACGCAGCAAGAUCCGAACAGCAAGGGCCAGAAAUCCCCUGUCAUUUUCACAGAGGCCAGAUGAGAUGGAGGCUGAAGACAGAGAAGAAAGUCCCAAACCAGUUGGCAAGACCAAGGAACGCAGAGCAGUCAGAACAGAAAGGCAAAACUUUGUCAACAAAGGCAAACUUCAGAGGGAUCGACGUAAGCUGCGAGAAAAAAGGCGCAGCACGGGUGUAGUUCAUUUGCAGUCGACAGAGUCAACUGGCGGCAGUACGGGAGAGGAUGAUGGUGAGCAAUCCCCGUCCUGGGAUGAGACCAAGAAAAACACAGUCAUUAAUGAAGGCAGCAGUAUGGAUGGUAAAGGUGAUCCGAAAAGUGGUGGGCGCAACUACAUUGGACCAUCGGAUUUGGAAGCGGAUGAUGAGGAUACGCAGGACGGCGAUUCGUUAAAUCACUUGAAACUCGACAUUAAUCUGACGGAGUUGAACAUCAAAGAGGACUCGCAGCUGUCGACGUCGCACGACAGUACGCCAGAGUCCCCGCCGAUCGAUUUGGCUGAGGCGUUGCAAAGAGCCAAGCAAGAGAUGAAGCAACUCAACUCUCAGCUGGGCGAGGCCCGGCGAGAGAUCUCUCUGCUCAAAGCUGAACGGGAUUUCCUGCGGGAGCAGAAUCUCGGCUUGCGGAAUCAAGCCCUGGCCAACAAGAAAUAAUAAGGACGUGUGAAGAAAAAAGCAAAAAGAAA